CUUCUCAGCAACCUCCAUCCAUACCACGCCUGAGCAAACCCACACACAUGCGACGCUGAAGCCAUGUCGCUCGUUCCGGCACGCAACGGUGCCAAUGCGCCACCCACUCGUGCCGCCCAGCUGACUCAGGACAUCUUCAAAACGUCCACCAAGGGCAAGGUCCCAACCGGCUAUGCCCAAGAGAUUGCCAUUUCCGAGCAGUCUUUUCGCUCCCUACAUCGCGAUGUGCAAUCUCAGCAGGCCGCGGGAAAGAAGCGCAAGCGAGAGGGCAAGGGUGACAGUGGGGUGACGUACGGAGCAAAUGCGUACAAAGGCCCAUGGGCUCGAUACGAAGAGCAAAGGAUCGACAGCGACAGUGGGGAAGAGGUGGAAAUGAGCGGCGACGAGAGUGGCGAUGAAGUGGUCGUCUACGAAGAAGACGAGAUUGCCCCCGUCCCCGAGAAGGGCGGCCUGAAGGGCACGGGCUAUGCAGAUAUCAGCGCGGACAAAGAGACGAGCACGUUCGAGGGCAGCCAAGAGUUCGACUAUCAAGGCCGCACAUACAUGCACGUACCGCAGGAUCUGGACGUCGAUCUCACCUCUGAAUUCGAAAACCUCAACCUGCGAUGCUACCACCCAAAGAAGUUGAUCCACACCUUCCGCCAGGCCUCGUCAAAGGCUCCGGGCGGUAGCAAGGAUGCUCACGAGAAGGCCAUUACCGCGCUCAAGUUCUUUCCAUCCAGCGGCCAUCUUCUACUAUCCGCGGCCGCAGACGGCAAGGUCAAGCUCUGGGACGUGUAUCACAACCGCGAGCUGCUCCGCUCCUUCUCCGGCCACACAAAAAGCGUGGUGGACAUUGACUUCACCCCGGAUGGGACCAAAUUCAUCUCGGCGUCAUACGACCGUCAAAUGAAGGUCUGGGAUACCGAGACUGGCAAAUGUCUAGGCCGAUACAGUACAGGAAGUACGCCGCACGUGGUGCGCUGGCAGCCGGAGCAGCGUGCGGGACAAGAGUUCUUAGCGGGCAUGCAUGACAACAAGAUCGUACAAUUCGACACUCGCAUAUCAUCCGACAAAGAUGCAGCUGGGGACAAGAGGAAUCCCGUACAGGAGUACGACCACCAUCUUGGUCCGGUGAAUUCCAUCACCUUCUGCGACGAAAACAGGCGCUUCAUCACCACCUCCGAUGACAAGAGUCUGCGGGCUUGGGAAUACAACAUUCCCGUUCCAAUCAAGCUGAUCUCGGACCCGAGCAUGUUUGCGUUGACGUCCUCCGCCACGCACCCCACCAAGCCAUGUGUGCUGCUGCAAAGCUCGGACAACACGAUUCAAGUGUACAACACGGGCGAGAAGAUCAAGCAGAACCGCAAGAAGGACUUUCGAGGGCACAACAAUGCUGGGUAUGCGAUCGAUGUGGACGUCAGUCCAGAUGGAGGCAUCGUGUGCAGUGGUGACUCGGCUGGGUGGGUGUGUUUCUGGGAUUGGAAGACGUGCAAGAUGUGGCACAAGAUUCGUGCAAGUGAGGAAGGCAAGGCGGUGGUUGGGGUGGCAUGGCAUCCCAGAGAGUCGAGCAAAGUCGUGACGGGCGAUGUGGGAGGUGUGGUCAAGUACUGGGAUUGAUGCGAUUCGUUCACUCGAUCUUAGUCUUGCCCAACAACUUGCCAUCCUCUUCGGUGAACAGCCGCCAAAUGCUCCUGGAUUCUUGAUCCUUGCACAAGUCGCUUUCCACCGCGCGAGCCCAUACGUCGUCCAUUACAGGACCGAAAACGGACUUGGCGCCGACCUCUUCCAUCAAUUUGGUCAUUUGACGGGUCACGCCUUGGGCGAGCUCGGUCUUGAAGCCGCCUUUGAAAUCUCGAGAGGCCGAGGAGUUGGGCAAGACGCCUUUGACCGGAUUCAUGUGAAGGCUAUUCCAACACUGACCGCUCGACGCAUUGAUCACAUCAUUUAGAACCUUGGGGUCCAGUCCAAACUUGAGACCCGUGUUCAUCCCUGGGUCUCAGUCAGCCAACGAGUGCAACGCCAGAGCUCAUCAUCCCACCUUCACACAGCGCGACAUAGCU